AUGAACGGAGAUGUUGACGUGAGUCAGCUUGGGAAUGGACCAAUGAAUGGGCCUAUUGUAACUUCGGGUAAAGACAUGAUGGCAGGUGGUGACAGCUAUCAAUACUACAAUGGAGAUCCUGAGGAUAUGGUUGUGGUGCUGGAGACAACCAUCACUAUGGAGGGAGCAGACAAUAGGUUUGGCUUCUCCGUCAUGGGAGGGAUGGAAGAGGGUAUCUCACCUCGGGUCGAUGAUAUAACACCAGGUUCCCCAGCUGAUAGAGCUGAUCUGGAAGUAGAUGAUGAGAUCCUGGAAGUUAAUGGUCAAUCCCUGGAAACUGCAUCACAUGCUGAAGUCAUCCAGCAUAUUCAUAAAUGUAUUCGCUCCAGAACUAUAUCUCUGCGAGUCAAGAGACGUGCACCAGGAGAUACCAAUGGUCCUGAUCCCAGCAGCAUCCAAGAAGCCUAUGUGAUAGCCGUAGAACAGCAGGCUAAGGAACGAUUGGCCAAGCUGUCGGCGCUCGAAAAAGUUCAGCCUGUUGAUGUGUCAAAUAUGCCCGGAUUGGAACGACCGGGAGAUAUUAAUGGAACCAAUGUGAAUGGAGUCUUGGAUAAAAAUCAUAUCUAUGCAGUUUUAAAGGAGUCUUAUGAGAACAACAAUGUCAAUGGACCUACCACGGAAGAAAACGGUGAUGAGUCUGAUGUGGAAUCUGUGAUACAAACAUCAACAGCUGCCGACAACGAUAAUUCACGCUUAGAUUCGGGUAAAAUAGGAAUAACUGCCAUUCCGACAAGUGCAAUUGGUGACAAUCACUCGCAUACUAGUAGUACGAGCAGUGCUAGACUAAAUGGACUAGGUAGUUUGCGUACAGAAUCAGAUCCUUAUAUUAACAUUGCUGGUGGGUACCAUUCACCGCCAGGAACAAAAUUAGUUACUGAACCGCCGGCUCAGAAAAGUGAAGUAAAAGAGGACAAAGCUCCCCCUACUGACUUUGAUAAAUUAGACAAUACCAGCAAUCGAAUGAACAUGAGUUCGGAGGAGAAUAUCGAAAUGGAGGAGUUUGUGCCGCGAGAACUCCCGGUGGAUUGUCCACCAAGUUUUGUUAAGGCGAGUGGAAUGAAAAAUCCGCCGCCGUUCUAUGCUCAAAAUGAAAACUCGGAUGAUAUUCACUCUCAGGCUACUUUGCCAAUGAAUCAGCAAGCAAGGAGAAGUAAACAAAAGAUGAAAACAGAAGAAAUGGUACAGCCGCAAACACACCUUAAUGCCGGGGUAACGGUGGUGCAGGCAAACUCAAUAAGGAGUGAGGAUAAGUGGAAGCAGCCACAACAGAUACCUGUUAGUUCACAUGGUGAGCAACCUGUCAAGACAGUAGGAUGGAGAAUUCUGACUGUGAUGCUUUUAAUUGACCUGCUAUAUGCAAGCAUUGUAUCGGGUAUUGCAUGGUGGCAGAAUUAUGCCUCUAAUUCCCUAAUUCAUAACAAAGUGACGAAAAUCUCAACACGAGAAGUACCGUUUGUACCGGAAGCUGAUAACGCACAACUGCUUGUCGGGGAAGUGAAGGGCAUACUGCAUACUGUUAAUACAUAUGAAUGUGAAGAACUCAAAAACAUAUUUAGGAAUGCUCAUUUUGAUUCAUUGUUAUUAGCAUAUGACAGAAUAGUACAGCAAGACCCAUAUAUUGUACCACCACCAGAAAUGGAAGAUGAAGACGAUGACAUGGUAUCUAAUUUCACAGAAGAUUCCGUAAAAGUUGUGAGAAUAGACAAAACUGCUGAACCACUUGGUGCCACGGUGAGGAAUGAGGGCGAUUCCAUUGUCAUUGGGAGGAUAGUGCGGGGAGGAGCAGCAGAUAAAAGCGGACUUCUACACGAGGGUGAUGAGAUUCUUGAUAUCAAUGGACAUGAAAUGAAAGGCAAAUCAGUGAAUGAAGUCUGUGAUCUCAUGGCAACUAUGACGGGAACGCUGACUUUCUUACUUAUUCCAUGUCGAGAUAUGAAGCAAGCUAACAAAGAAAAUGCUAUUGUGCAUAUCCGAGCUAAUUUUGACUAUGAUCCAGAAGAUGACAUGUACAUACCGUGUCGUGAACUAGGACUGUCAUUCCAGAAAGGGGACAUAUUACAUGUGAUUAAUCAAGAAGAUGCCAACUGGUGGCAAGCUUACAGAGAAGGAGAAGAUGAUCAGACGCUAGCUGGACUUGUACCAAGCAAGCAUUUCAGACAACAACGAGAAGCCAUGAAGCACACAUUGGUCGAUGAUCAAGAACCUAAAAAGAAAGGCAGAUGGUUCUGUGCUCGGAAGAAGAAAAAGAAGAAGAAAGUGUUGUACAAUGCAAACCAAAAUGAAGAGUAUGAUGUGGAGGAAAUUUUAACAUACGAAGAAGUAUCUUUAUUUAAACCAAGGGGUAAUAAAAAGCGACCCAUUGUACUCAUAGGUCCUACAAAUGUUGGCAGACAUGAACUUAGGCAGAGAUUGCUGGAUAAUGAUCCAGACAGAUUUGCUGCUGCAAUACCGCACACUACAAGAAGCAAGAAAAGUGGAGAAGUGGAUGGAAAGGAUUAUUAUUUUAUAAAUAAACAGAGAUUUGAGCAAGAUAUUCUUACAGGGAAAUUUGUUGAACACGGAGAAUUUGAAAAAAAUAUUUAUGGGACUAGCUUAGAAGCGAUAAGACAUGUUGUAUCCUCAGGCAAGAUGUGUGUACUGAAUUUACACCCACAAGCACUAAAAAUAUUAAAGAAUUCUGACUUGAAGCCUUAUAUUAUAUUUGUACGACCACCGUCGUUAGAUAGACUUAGACGUAUGAAAGCACAAACUGGAGAAAACCUCAAGGAUGAGGAGCUCCGGGAUAUGAUUGAAAAAGGUCGUGAGAUGGAGGACACACAUGGACACUAUUUUGACUAUGUGCUCAUCAACUCUGACCUUGACAGAGCCUAUAAUGAACUUGUUAGUGAGAUUAACAGGAUACAAGUAGAACCAACGUGGGUGCCAGUCACAUGGUUAAGUUAGAGGGGAUCCACCAUCUAUGCUAUAAAUCUAUCUGUACAGUGUACUUAACAUCGGGAACAGUGUAGAGGGGAGAAAUCAAAGUGCCAGUCUGCUAUAAUAAACGGGGUGUUUACCGUACUAUAUGGACUAGAAACAAAAAUAAUAUGCAAUCUUUUUUCGUAUACUUCUGGGACUUUUUAAAUAUGGUUUUGGGUUUUUUCUGGUGCUGCCUAUUUGUCCUCUAUCACAGAGUUGACCUCUCUUUAACACUGUGGUUCUUUUUAAUCUGAAAGGCAUUGAAAAUACAGUUGUACAUGUUUUAGUGUUAGAAGUGCCUCUCAAUAAUGAAUUUAUUGUAAUUUUGAUAAAAUAUAUUAAUAAUUAACUUACAACAUAAAGUGCCUUUAGGUGGCAGUACCACCGUGCUGCAUUAGUCUUCCAGUUUUUUUUUUGUUUUUUUUGUAAUUGUAAAUGAUAGUUUUGUAGAUUUCAAAGACAUUUUGGUUAUGAAAAGAAAGAAAAAAAAUGUAGUUGCAUUAUCACUUUAGUCAAAAAUGUACAAUUGACAUUGGAUCACAUUGAGAGCUGGCUUCUCUCUUUCACAUCCCACAACACAGUAUGCGACUCGCUUUUAGAACUUUCACAUCAGCUGUCACAGUAUAAAAAAAAUAUCUCAUACCUUUUUCAAAAUACAGCAUUUCGCUUAUUCAUCACAGAUCAUUGUCACACUUUUUUUAAUAACAAAUCCAUUAUUUUAUAUUUAAUGUUUUGAAUAUGAACUAUGCUGUAGGUUGAAGUUUAUUCUUCAGAUCUAAGAUAACCACGACAUAUAACCCCUUUGAAUUUGCAUCAUUUGUUUGUCUAUCGAAAUGAUUCUCGUAAAUAACAUGGUCACAUUUCUGUUGUCACAAUAUAACUUAUCUCUCUCUCAAGUUAAGCAAUCACAUUUCCGAAACACAUCAGUGUGUUUUUAUCUUCAUGCAUCUAGUCUUAUUGUUUUCCAUAAUUGCUACAAUCAUUCUGGUCAUAUUAAAAUAUUGGUUAUUUUACCGCAAGUGGCUGAUGGCACGGUAACGUUUCUAAUUUGUACAACUCAUUUUCAGUUACAUUGAAAAUCCUUUUCAAAAUGUUGCUUUUCCCAUAGACAAUAGAAACAAGUAUCCCUAGACACAUCAGUGCUAGUCAGAUGUUACGUUGAAACCAUGGACAUGUAGCAAUAAAUUAGGUCAUUUAUCUAUUUCAUUUGCAUGUAAAGUAUUUAUUCUGAAUUAUGUUUAUUUCACCAUUUUUAUUACAUUUAUGUAUUAUCAUAAUAAUUCCAACAUUUUCCAGAAAUCAAACAAUACCCUUCAAUAAUACAAUCAUAUCAAAUUCUAUAAAUGGUGUUACUUGAUAAUAAUCUGACUAAAUCACAUCAAGAACAUCUCUACAUUAUCAAAGUACAUAUGAUAUAUAAAAUGUACUGUAUAACCCAGUACUUUAAAAAUUCAUGCAUUGCAGGCCCAGAAAAUGCUCAUGAAGCCUGCCCUCUUGUGGCAAAAAAAAACUUGAUAUCCAACGUUGACAAUUUGGAUUCAGUUUGAAUUGGCCUGGGUGUUGCUGUGGCAUUACAGUGUUUUUCCCAUAUUAAAUACAAUUUAUAUUUAAUGACUGAGCUAUCGUUUUCACCCCAAUGUAUCCCCAAAAAAAAAAAAAAUUAUUAAUAAUGAGUGAUGGCUUUGUUGAAAUCACUAUUUGUACAAAAUGCACUUUUAUUAUCGGAGUAAUAAAUAAUUUACUGAAGGCUAA